UGCUGCCGCUGCUGCUGCGUGCUCACGCUAGGACCUGGCCUCCUCAACUUCCUUUCUAUUUCUAGAAACCUCUUCCUCCCUUGGAAAUAACUCAGAAGCCCUCCUGCCAGGGGGACUCGGGCCUUGGAAGGCUGGUGGCUCUCGCCUUGCAGCUCCUGGUUAUCCUUCCUGCUGGCCGGAGGGCGGCGAGCAGCUGCUGUCCAGAGCCUCGGCAUGGACGGAUGGAGCCAGGUGGAGGAUGGAGGUCCUGAGGCUACAAGUCAGAGGCUGGGACAGAGCCCAGCAGAGCAGAACGCCGGCGGCUCCCAGCUGCGGCUCCUCCUGCUGGGGAAACAGGGAGCGGGAAAGAGUGCCACUGGGAACACGAUUCUGGGCAGAGCUGUGUUCGAGUCCAGGUUCAGCAAUCAGAUGGUGACGAAGGUGUGUCGGGGAGAGAGUGGAAUGGCGGCGGGCAAGGGGGUGGUGGUCAUCGACACCCCUGCCCUCUUCUCUCCACUGGCCAGUGCUCCCGACCGGCAGCAGACGGUUCGACAGUGCCUGGAGCUCGCUGCCCCCUGCGUCCACGCGCUGCUGCUGGUCAUCACCCUUGGCUACUACACGGCGGAGGAUGAGGGCACCUUUAAGGGCAUCCGGGACGUGUUUGGAGCGGACGCCUUCAGGAACGUCAUUGUUGUCUUCACGCGGAAGGAUGACCUGGGGGAUGAGCUCCUGCAGGAUUACAUCGACAGCAAGCAGUGCCUCAGGGAGCUGGUCCGACAGGUCAGCGGUCGGGUCUGUGCUUUCAACAACAAGGCGCAGGGCGCUGAGCGCCAUGCCCAGGUGUCGGAGCUCUUCUGCAAGAUAGAGGAUCUGCUGCUGAAGACCGGCGGGCUGAGCUGCGAGAACUUCAAGAUGGCAGGCAGUGAAUUCCAGGAUUGUGUGAAUAAAGCUACAUGUCAAGCAGGAGCCGCUCCAUGUGAUCCGGGAGACGGACCACUGCAGGCGUCAGGACUUGAGCAGGACACUGGGUUGCUGGACCUUCAGGUUCUCCUCGUGGGGAGGCAGGGUUCUGGAAAGAGCACCGUGGGAAACAGCAUUCUGGAGAAGCAGGUGUUUAAGACUCAAUUCAGCCAGCAGUCAGUAACCCAGCAUUGUGCAUGUGAGAGCAGGAUCUGGAGAGAGAAGAAAGUUCUGGUCAUUGAUGCUCCAGAGCUCUCAGCUUCAGAGUCUGCUGCGUCUCAGCUUAGGAAAAGCAUGGCUGCCGGCCCCCAUGCCUUCCUGCUGGUGACACCACUGGGUUCUUUUGGCCAGAGGGACAUGGAGGUGCUACAAGCCAUCAAACGCCAGUUUGGAGACAAAUACAUUAAAUACAUGAUCAUUCUCCUCACUAGGAAAGAAGAUUUACAGGGAGAAGACCUAGAGACACACUUAAGCAAGAACAAAGCUCUGUGGGAACUCAUCGAGAAAUGUAAACGCAGAUACAGAAUCUUCGACCACUGGGCCAUGCCAGGGGAGAAGCAGAGUCAGGUGGACGAGCUCCUGCUUCAAGUGGAGAGUGUAGCGCAAGAGAACGGGGGCAGGCCUUGCGUCUUCAGAGAGAAAGUUGUGGUUGUGGACACGCCGCUGUUCACCCAGAUUCCUGGUGUGGAGAAAGAUCCAUCCUGGUUAGACAAGGAGGUGGGACGCUGUUGGGCUCUUUGUGAAGAAGGAACUAAGAUUCUUGUCCUGGUGCUCCAGCUGGGGCGGUUCACCAAGGCGGACGAGGCAGCGGUGGCGCAGCUGGAAGCCAUCUUUGGGAGUGAUGUCCUGCAGUACACCAUCCUGCUUUUCACUCGGAAAGAGGACCUCGGGAGCGAGACGUUUGAAGAUUACAUCCAGAAGACAAAUAACAAAGGCCUGAAGAAAAUAGUUAAAAAGUGUAGGAGGCGAGUGUGUGCUUUUAAUAACAGACAGACUGACCGAUCCCAGGACACCCAGGUGAACGAUCUUUUGAAAAUGGCCAAUGAGCUGAAAAAAAGCCAUGAUGAGCAAGGGUAUCCCUAUCCAUUGGAGAAAGUCAGACAGUAUAUUAAAAAUGCCUAGGUAAAGAGUGGUUGCAGAC